UAAUAGAAUGUAGCAUUUAAACUAUGCUUAUGAAUUAAUCGAAUACGUAGUACAUUAUUGUUUGCAAAACUAAACGAGGAUUAGAUAACCGCUAUAACCAAACAUGAGAUAAAAACGAACCGGAAUCCGAAAUCGAAUGCUCCAGACUUCAGGUGCUCCGCCCGAUCUUCAUCUGGAUCCGGGUCAACCCAGUCAAUAACUUUUCAAGCGUUCCCCUUUUUCUUCAUGAUUCAAUUUCUCAUAGGGUUUCUUCCACGGCUUCGCAUUUCUUGAGUAGACCAACGGGCGACUUCCGACGAGAGCAAGAAGCGGACCUUCGGUUUUCAGUUUCUUCUAGGUAGACUUUGGGUUUCAAUUUCUUCAACUAGAAGAUGCCAUCAUCAUGGGAGUUGCCUCUGGAAGGUUCUUCUGAUUCCGCCAGAGUGGAGUUCUUCGUUAGGAUUAUACCAAAUGGAGAUAUUCUCCGGGUCGAAGCAUUUAUAGACGAUAGUGUGAAUAAUACCGUCAAUAGAAUCACGACUAAAAAGGAGAUUCCAGUGACGGAGCACCGAUUAGUAUAUGGUGGUAGACAGCUACAGACCGACCAAUGUCUCGGGGAUUACUCCAUUGAACAGAACGCACUGGUCUAUCUGGUUGGUACCCAGUACUCAAACUGGCCCGCCGUUGAUUCAUUCUUUGAGACAGUGGUCAAUGUGUACAGAGGCCAAAUUGGCCAUUCUGAAAUCAGUGAAAAGCUCGAUAUGUUCUUUGACGUGAUACCUUGGCACAGUGAAGAUGCAGCAGUUGAAUAUCUGCAAAAUUUCUCAGCAUCUUCAGUUCCCUCUGCUCUUGUUAUGCUAUAUUCUUCCCCCAUUGAAAAUGAUGAAGUAUUUGCCAAACACUCCAUUCGCAAGUUCUUAACAAAGUGCAGAGAUCUGCCUUGUACUGCACACAAGCAGAUUAUACCAAUGAUAUAUGAACUGUGUAGAAUGCUUAAGAAAGUCCGCCCUGAUAAGAAACUUCAUUGGUCUUGUUGGACUGUCUUCACUUCCAUGUUAGAUUGGGUAGACACCUUCCCUUGCGAGGGCAUGCGGUUGUUCGUUAAAAGGGCUACCAUAUCAUUUCUUAUGGAGAUAGCGUUUGUUCUUCACUCUAACAUUGCUGCAGAUAUGAGUUACGAUGCAAUCUUUAAGGAACUCGUGAUAGCUAUCGGAUCAUCUUUGAAUGAGGAUGAAUCAGCGUUUUGCCCCGAGUAUCUCUUUUCUCUAAAAGCUAUUAAUGCCCUAUCGAGCAGCAUCCGGGAAUUUGCUAAAGAUGAACUCAUGAGUGUUCUAAAGUCUAGGAAGGCUGCAUUAUGCACCCUUAUUACGAGAUUUGCAAAUAGAGGUGAUGAUCACCAAUGGUUAAAUGAGUUAAAGGACUUAACUAACUUUGAAGCUAGGAGACAUUUGGCAAUGCUAAUGUUGCCUAUUUUGGGUCAUGGCCUGAUGAGGAAGGAUAUCAAGAUACCUCGGUCCAAUCUAUUAGUGGAAUCAUCCUUGCAAAUAAUGGCUGCAAGCCCGGAGUCACUCCAACAUGGGAUUUCUGUAGAGUUUGACCUUGAGCCAGGCAUAGGUGACGGUGUUACUCGAGAAUUUUUACUACUUUUGUCCGAAGAGAUAUUCAGAUGUGAUGUUAAACCUCCUCCUCCAUUCUAUGUUCCAUAUACUGAACAUGCUAGAAGAUUUUCCCCAAAUCCAGGAUUCAUGGUGAAUACCAUGUUCGAAUUUGCCGGUCGUGUGAUGGGUGUGGCAUUGAUGCAUGAGAUCCAGCUGAAUGUAUUCUUUGAUCGUAUCUUCUUUUUACAGCUAGCUGGAAUGGAAAUUGGUUUGGAGGAUAUCAAGGAGACAGAACCAAUCUUGUACAAGAGUCUUAAUGACAUGUUAGAAGAUCCGACUAAAAUUGGAGAUGGUUUGACUUUCGAAAUCGACGUCAAGAGAGGGGAUAAUGUCUUCUCAGAGGAGCUCUGUCAAGCUGGUAAUUCAAUAGUGGUUACAAGGGAGAACGUAAAUGAAUAUACGGAUCUAUAUGUCAGGCAUAAGUUUGUGAAGAGCAUCUCCGAACAAGUAUCUUUUUUUGCAAAAGGAUUCAGUGAUAUGCUUCUUGGUUCUACACCUCAUACAUCAUUCUUCCGAAGCUUGUUGCCAGAGGAUUUUGAUCUUAUGUUUGGUGGGGAUGUAACCGGAAUCAUAAUGGAAGAGUGGAAGGCUCAUACCACCUAUGACUCGGGAUUCGAAGCUACGGAUAGAGAAAUUGGUUGGUUCUGGAAUAUAGUGGAGGGAAUGACAGAACCAAGCCAGCGGAAUUUACUAAGAUUUUGGGCAUCCAUAGAAUUUUUACCACAUGGAGGAUUUAGAGGAUUACCAAAGAAAUUUAAGAUUUUGAAAGCUGCUGACUCCGAAUAUCCUUCAUCUAACACAUGUUUUUACAUUCUCCAUUUGCCUGCAUACGAAACAUUUGAAGAGAUGAAGACAGUUCUUGAGAACAUCUGUGGUGAUGACUACUACUACAUCGGAUUCGGCCAGGCAUGAACCUUGAAAACUGGUUUCUUAUGCAAGACCCCAAAAGAGUUUAGAUAACACUAUAAAGGUAUGAACAUGUCUUCUUUUGUAGGAGUAAAUGAUUAGAAAAUAGAAAAAACAAAUCGGCUGAAUUGGUUUCU